AUGUCGUCUGAGAACAAUGAUGAACCAAGUCAACCAUUGCCACAAAAACGUAAUAAUAAUAAUAAUUCCGAUAGUGAAUCCGAUGUUAAUAAUGAUCACUUAAUUGGUAAUGUACAACGUGUUGUGAUUAUUCCUCCAAAUUAUGAAGGAAAACCAAAGAAAGGACAUUUAAUAUUUGAUGCUUCAUUUGAAUGUGGAAAUUUGGGUCGAAUUGAUUAUGUCAAUGACUGUGAAUAUGAUUUAUUUAUUAGGCCGGAUACAUGUUCACCUCGAUUUCGGUGUUGGUUUUUAUUCACAGUUGAAAACGUUAAGGCUAAUCAAAGGGUCAUUUUCCAUAUAGUUAAUUUUUCUAAAGUUAAAUCAUUAUAUCGCGAUGGUAUGACACCAUUAGUUAAAUCAACUAGUCGUAAAAAAUGGCAACGUUUACCAACAAGAAAUGUCUUUUACUAUCGUUGUCCUGAUCAUCGAAAAAAUUAUGUGAUGUCAUUUACGUUUUGUUUUGAUCGCGAAGAUGAUAUUUACCAAUUUGCUUACUCAUUUCCGUAUACUUAUACAAAACUUCAAAAUUAUCUUGAUAAUAUUGAGCAACGCCAAUUAGAUUUUGUUCAACGUCGACCAUUAGUUUAUAGUGUGCAAAAACGACGACUCGAUCUCAUUACUGUUACUAAUCCAUCAUUAUUAGUUAAGGGGAAAAGAAAAAAAGUUGUUAUUGUAACUGCUCGUGUGCAUCCUGGUGAAACUCCAUCGUCCUAUGUUUGUCAAGGUUUUAUUGAAUUUAUAAUUAGUGAUCAUCCUAUAGCACGAUUACUUCGGGAUCAUAUUGUUUUUCAAAUUGUGCCGAUGCUUAAUCCAGAUGGAGUUUUUCUAGGCAACCAAAGAUGUUCAUUACUUGGCUUUGACCUUAAUCGUGUCUGGAAUGAACCAUCUCAUUGGGCUCAUCCAGAAAUAUUUGGAAUUAAAACACAUAUAAUGAACUUGAAUGAAGAUCCGGAUUUUGAAGUUGAUUUUUUUAUUGAUAUUCAUGCGCAUUCAACUAUGAUGAAUGGCUUUAUGUAUGGAAAUACUUAUGACGAUGCAAGUCGUUUAGAAAAGCAUGGUGUUUUUCCACGAUUGUUAUCUCGUAAUGCAGAAGAUUUUUCAAUUAACAAUACAUCAUUCAAUCGAGAUGCAUUUAAAGCUGGAACAGGAAGACGAACACUUGGUGGUUGUUUACAAGAAAGUACUCACUGUUACACAUUGGAAGUUUCAUUUUUUUCAUACCAAACAUCAGCUAAUUCACAAGCAAUAUCUUAUACAGAAGAUUUAUAUCAACAGCUUGGACGAAAUCUUGCCCGAACAUUUCUUGAUUAUUAUAAAACUAUGAAUUAUAUUUCAUGGUCGCCUAGUUGUAGUAUCAUGCCAAGAUUGAAAGAAGAUCGAAUUAAAUCUCGUCUUACACGACAAUCAGCUAACAUGCCGAUUAUCAAUCAAGAUGAAGCAUUUCUCAAUGGUGAAACAUUCAAUUUGAGUAUGGGAGAAUUCAUCUAUCCUCAAACACGCAAUAACAAUGACCCUGAAUAA